UUCCCUUUCAACAAAAUCAGAGUGGCACAGACAAAGUGUGGUGGGCCCAUAACCCAAAGAUCUCAGGAUGGAAACUUGGCUCUGAUAACUGAUAAGGAGUGGCUUCCAACUGAUUUUAACUUUUUUUUCACUCAAUUUGUGGCUACUAUUUCCUUACAGUUUUUUGUUCUUUGAAUCGAAUGAAUUCAUUUUUCCUGUUUUUAAUAGUAAUCGGAACUUCAUAAUGGCAGCCAUGAAAGCUGUUGGUGGUACGAUGAUGCUUGGUCGAUCGAUAUUCAUGCCCACGCUUCAUUCCCACAUACCCGUUCGUUUCUUUCGUACUACUCUGCCGCUCACUGGUUUCGGUGGCGCCCAUCUGCCGAUUGAACGUUGUGUUGUGCGGUGGGCCGCGACGAAAUCUGGCGGCGAGGAUAAAAAGUCUCCGGCUCGGCUUGCUGAGGUUCAGCGGCUGGUGAAUGAGGCCGAGGAGCGAUAUAAAGCUGCUGGAGGUGGUGCUGAGCCCAUUCCCAAAAUAACUCUCGACCAUGUUACCAUAAGCUAUGCAAGAAGUGGUGGUCCUGGGGGCCAAAAUGUCAACAAAGUGAACACCAAGGUUGACAUGCGGUUUAAUGUAAAAAAUGCGCAUUGGUUAAGUGAAAGAGUGAGGGAGAGAAUUAUGCAAAUGGAGAAGAACCGGAUCAACAAAGAUGGGGAGAUUGUAAUUUCUUCAACGAAGACUAGAACUCAAAAGGGUAACAUUGAAGAUGCUUUGGGGAAAUUACAGGGAAUCAUUGAUGCUGCUUCAUAUGUCCCACCACCUCCCUCAGAAGAGACGGUUAAAAGGAUUGCCAAGUUGUCUGCUAUUGCUGAGCAAAAACGACUGGACAAGAAAAAAGUCCAAUCACAAAAGAAGGCUCUACGAAGAAGCAGAGAUGGUUGGGACUAACUUGUGGGAGCAAAAGAGUAUAGUCUAUGAAUACAUUUACAUGCUGAAGGAAACACAGUUUACUCUUCUUGACAACAGGUCUCAUGCCACGUUUUUGCAGUUUCUUAAUCCAAGAUUCUGUCAAACAGCCAAGUAACUGUACCAGCCUUUAAAACCAAUUCACAACUUCUCUCUGAAGGAAGAAACACACAAUUGAUGGAUCUUUAAACUUUCUUGCACUAGCCUUGUUAUGUAUUUGACUUAGCAAGAAACUUUAGAUGUACUUCAUCUUGGGCAGAUUCAACUCCUUGUCUACUUCAUAAGUUGACAAUUACCUCUAUUUGAAACAAUUAUUAUUAUUGUUGUCAA